AUGUGCCCCAGAGUGGGUGGGGGUGGGGGUGAAGGGGAGCCAGCUAGCACGGGAGGAAAUGGGGGGGGGGGAAAUAUAGGGACACUGCCAAGAAACUCUAUCCUCCACUGCCCCACUCCUGCUCCUACAGUUUCUUUCCCUCCUUUUUUCCUUCUCUCCUUCAAACCCGGCUCUCUCAUCCCACACGAGUUUACCUCACCCGGGACAAUGGCAGCAUCUUCACGGAAACUCAAUUUCUGCAAAAUAACCACUGUUUCACUACUUCUUGUCUCUGUGCUCUGGAACGGAGCCAUUGCACAGGAUGAAGUGGUGACCAAGCCUGUGACCACUCCUGCUGUGGCUGAGGCGAUAGUUCGAGGUGAUAUGAUCCCCAUAACGGAAAGUCCAGAUGCAGGAAACCCACAGGAACAGGCCGAGGUCCUCCUGACCCCUGGACCUAUCCAUGAGACCACAGCCGCCGCAGAAGGUCAGGUUCCAGUGGAGGUCCAGACUGAAAGGCCAAAGGUUGAGACCCCAGCCCCCGCCAGAGGAGAUGGUGAUAAACCCAAGCCAGUCCCACAAGACGAUGUCAUUUGUGUGACGAAGGAAGCAGUUAUGGAUAAAAAUGCUGUCAGUCUCAAACUCAAGUCCAACUCUAACUGUGAGGACACAAAAACAAAGAUCGUAAGUGUACUUGAGGAGCUGUGUGGAGAAGACUGCAAACUUCAGCUCUACCAAGAGGACGGCAGCGACCAGAUCCUCGUGAUGGGAGACUACGUGGAAGCUGAUGUUGGAGGCAUGGCUGAUAAGUUCAACAACGACAACAUCAAAGACAAGACGGAUGUGGAGGAAGCCGCCCCUCGUUGGGGGAAGAGUUCUAAACUGGUCCUGGUCUCGGUGCUGCUGGCUGGUCUGCUCCUGGCUGCUCUGCUGGUGGCUGGAUACUACCUCAAAACACACCACAAAAACUCUAAAGGCGUAAGACUGGCUGAGUCCUUCCAGGUGGACGAGGAGAACCAGGCCAACACCCUUGUAUCCGUGGCCCCUCUGCCUCAGGAGCCUCUGGACAAACCCACGCUGAACGGAGAAUCCCCCCCUCCAGAGAACGGCACGAGCCAAGCCCCCACCACCAACGGACACUCGGCUGCCCAGAUCCCAGACGCCGACACAGAGAUGUGA